UUUUGAUGAAUAAACUGAAGUGUAAUUGAUUAAGAGUUAUAUAAAAUGAAAUAACAAUAAUUUUUUGAAAGUUCAAGCACAUAUAUAAAUUUUACAAAAUAACUUAUUUAUAGUAGUCGUCGUUUCAUAUUUUAUAUGUAUAAAAAUCAAUAGAAUAUUAUUAUAGACAAUAAUAUGUUGCUAUUUUAAUUAGAUUUUGAUUUUAAGUAGAAAAUUUGGAUUAGUCCGCUUAAUCAUAUUAUGGGUAUAUUAACUUACAACUAUUCAUCCAAAUUAACUAUAGCUGUUUUCAGUUCUAUUUAGAAAAAAUCGGGUUUAAACUAUUCGUAAUAAAGAUAUUACAUAUAUUUAAUUAUAUUUAGAAUAAAAAUAUUUUAGUUAUCUUUUCCAAUAUUAAAAAAUAUAGUAGAAAAUAUAAUAGGGUAUGUUUGUUGAGAAUAUGUUCUAAAGAUAAUUAAAAAAUUAAGCUUAUUUGUUUUUGUGAACUCUCUUUUUUAUGAAAUCAUUAUGAAGUAUAUAUAUAAAUAUCCACGUUUUUAAAUUUAAAAAUAUUUUCUGUUUAAUAUAUGUGACUAAAAAAUUAAAAAAAGAAAAAAAGAAAAAAGAGAUCGAAAUUCUAAGGAAAAGUUAAACUUAAAAAACUGACUAAAAACUAUAUAAAAAGGAAAGGUGAUCGAAAUUCUAAUAAUGGAAAUAUAUAUAGUACUUUUAAUUCAUUAAAUAUAUUUUUCAGUUAACCACCGUAAGAAUUAACGUGAUAGCGACGCGUAAGAAAUGGAUUUCCAAAUAAUAAUAUAGGAUCUACUUUAGAUUUUGUUAUAAAUUCAUGAAAGUUUAUUGGCCUUGAUUUCAACUAAAUAUAUAUAUAUAAUUAAAAUCAAUUAAUUUUUAAUAACAUUAGAUUUAAUUUAAUUUAAUUUAAUAUUUGAAACUUUAAUUAAAUAACAUCAGAUUUAAGAAUUGUUUUUGAGAAUUAGGAUUUAAGAAUUAAUAAUGCAUAAUUUAAAUUUGAAGUUCUAUUGAAUAACAACAGAUUAUGUAGUUGGAUUUAAUUUUUUUAAAUAACACCUUGUAUUUUUUUUGAAAAAAAAAACUAAACAUAUAAAUAAACUUGACCUAAAGGUGUACUCUUUAACCUAAAUUUUUAGUUUUUAUCUCAGCAGCAAAAAAAAAAAAUUGUAACUUAUCUCAUCAGCAAUUUACGCCGAACAUGAACCGCGAUGAUGAACAGCCGCAGGGAAACAAGAACACCAGCCCUCCACCGCAGCUGAAUCUACAAUCUCAUUCGUUUUCUUCACUCCCAGAUGAAAUAGCUGAUAACAUUCUUGCUCGUGUCUCUAGAUGCAACUACCCUAGUCUCUCUCUCGUCUCCAAGAGAUUCCACUCUCUCCUCUCUUCUCCUGAACUGUACAAGACACGUUCUCACAUCAGAACCACCGAACCAUGUCUCUAUGUCUGCCUAAAACAUGACGAAGACCAACCUUCUAAAUGGUUCACUCUUUGGAUGAGACCUGUCGAUGAAACCCUAACCAAAGACGACGAUCAUCUUCUUCCACAUGAUGACUAUUCAUUGUUUACGGUACCUUCUUCUUGUAAUCCUUUUCUCGAACCAUAUUGCACUUCAGUAGCGGUUGGUUUGGAACUCUACGUAAUCGGUGGAACUUACGAGGCUCCGUCUUCAGCUGUUCGUAUUCUUGAUUGUCGGACUCACACUUGGCGUGAUGGCCCUAGUAUGUUGGUGGCUCGGUGGUGUGUGGAUGCGUUUUUACUCUACGAGAAAAUAUACGUGAUGGGACGUUCGGGGAUCAACGAGUCUCUGGCUUGGAUAGAAGUGUUGGACAUAAAGACUCAGACUUGGAGACACUUGCGGAGCCUUGGAGCCUACGAGUUUGACAGCGGUUGGUUUGAGAUUAAUGUGUUUGAAGGAAAGAUUUACGCAAUUGCUGAAAAUAAGAGCUAUGCUUAUGACCCGCAAGAAAGUAGGUGGGAAGUUGUGGAGACCCACCGGCGAGGCUUCAAAUUUAUAAAGGAUUGGUGUGUGAUAGAGGAUGUAAUGUAUUGUUUUACGCACUCCGGUUAUUGCAAAUGGUAUGACUCCAAAACUAGAGACUGGAUAGAUGUCAAGGGUUCAGGUAUGGAACUAUUGCGCAUGCAUAGAACAUGUGGCUUAGCAUGGCGGCCUAUGCUUCGAAUACGCAACCUUGGUGGGAAACUUUUAGUUAUGUGGGUCCCCGAUUUUGAAAGAGACAACGAAAAAACUGAAAGGAGAAUAUGGUGCGCGAAAAUCGCAUUAGAGAAGCGUGGAAAUGAUGUUUGGGGUAAGAUAGAAUGGGCUAAUUCUGUCCACGAGUGGUGUUGGUUCACGAGUUGUGUAGUCUCGAUUUGAUGGUUAGUAAAAAAAUGGUAUGCUUGAACUACUUUUGCAGUUAUUAUUGUUUUAGUAGUGGUUCUAGUCAUAGUAGACCCUAUAGUAUACUGAUGUAAACACCCAAAGUAAUAUAGAAAAAGCAACGAGAAAGCUUUUAUAAACAUAAUAUAUGCCUAUAAUAUUUGUUCGUUUACCAUCUUCAAUCCGUGUGUCUGAUCUUUUCAUCUAUUACAUUUUUUAUUUUGAUCAACUCAUAAUCCCCUAACUUGCUUCGAAACAUCAGUACAUCACACUUGCGCCUUGUUUAAUUGUGUUCGACUAUCUUGGUUGAUAAGAUGCAGUUCAUGUAGGCUUGUGUGACGAAUUUUCUUACAAUCAACAACUCCUGUGACAAUAGCAAGUCCAGUUUUGUAUUAGAGUUUGAUUGUUUGUGGUUUUUAAAUCUAUUUUUUCUUGGUUUUUCCUUACAAAACUGUCGUUAGUUUUUGUUUUCUUUGUUAAAAUAGGUGCACAUUCAUAAUUUAAUAUCUACAGAAAUCACCAAUUAAAAAACAGAGAAACUAUUUAAAAAAACAAAUAUCUAUUUCUCUAAAAAAAAAAGAAAAUCAUGGCUUUCAUGAGGUUUCUUCAAAACUUUUCCUAUGGAUUUUCAGUUCUUCUUUAAAAAAAUAAAAUAUUACUAUAUUAUGAAUGAGUAUAAGAAAAAUAAA